AUGACACCGUCCGUCGCCAUCCUCGGCGCUGGCCCCAGCGGUCUGCUACUGGGGCGGAUGCUUGAACUCGCCAACAUCGCCUAUAUCAUCUUUGAGCGAGACAGAUCAGGCAACGAGUCCUCUUCUCGAGCUGGUACGCUCGAUAUUCAUGCCGACUCUGGUCAACUCGCUCUCCAAAAAGCCGGCUUACUGGAUCAGUUCAAGAAAAUGGCCCGCCACGAUGCGCACACCAUAUUAGCCGACGCAAAGGGCAAAGUGUACAUCAGGACCGGUGACAGCGACGAGGCCAAUGAAGAUAGACCCGAGAUCGACCGCAAGGAUCUACGAGCGUUGCUCCUGAACGCGGUCCCAGCCAACAGAGUACGCUGGGGCUUGAAGGUUCAACACGUGCAGCGAGAUUCAGACGGGUUAAUGUCUGUCCAUUUCGCAGAUGGAAAUAUCGAAUCAGGAUUCCGACUUGUCGUAGGGGCGGAUGGUGCAUGGUCCAAAGCUAGAACUUUAGUCACAUCCGCCAAACCCCAAUAUUCUGGGCUGCACUACUUGACCACAACUAUAGAUCAACAGAAUCCGUUCCACUCUAUCGCGGUCUCGCUGGUCGGAAAGGGCAACUAUAUAGCUUUCGGCGGAGGAAAGCAAAUCGUUUCUCUCAAGCUCGGUGACGGCUCCUACUACGUCGGCGUUGGCCUGCGGCUUCCUGAGGAGUGGAGUGCAGAGAACGCCGCUGUUCUCGAGGAUCCCAAGGCGAUACGUCGGCUGUUGCUCAAUGACUACUUCGCAGAUUGGCCCAAGAUGCACACGGACUUGAUCGAACACAGUGACGGGACAUUCUAUGCUUGGCCACUGUACGCCAUGCCGACAGAAUCUCUGCCGUGGAGGACGGUUCCCGGUGUUACUUUGAUAGGGGAUGCUGCACAUGCAAGCACGCCUUUUGUAGGUGAGGGCGUCAACUGUGCCAUGACAGACAGUCUCCAGCUCGCCCAACAAAUUGUCAAGCACGGAGUGGAUGAGCUUGAUCGUGCCGUCUCCGAGUACGAGAAAUUGAUGUUCCCUCGUGCGAUCGAUCUCAUCAGCCGAAGCGCGAUGAGCGGCGAGCUGUUCUUUGCGCCAGAUGCACCUCGAGGUUGGCUCAAGGCCUUCGCUGGCAUUGACUGUGACUAA